AUGGAGUCCACCAAAGUCCAGUCAGAGGGUGGCCUCAAUGUCACCCUAACCAUCCGCCUACUUAUGCACGGAAAAGAGGUUGGAAGUAUAAUUGGAAAGAAGGGAGAAACUGUAAAAAAGAUGCGUGAAGAGAGUGGAGCACGUAUCAAUAUUUCGGAGGGAAACUGUCCAGAGAGGAUUGUCACCAUCACUGGACCCACAGACACCAUCUUCAAGGCUUUCGCUAUGAUCGCUUACAAAUUUGAAGAGGACAUAAUCAAUUCCAUGAGUAACAGCCCAGCAACCAGCAAGCCUCCUGUCACCCUAAGGCUUGUUGUGCCAGCCAGCCAGUGCGGCUCCCUAAUAGGGAAAGGAGGAUCAAAAAUCAAAGAGAUGAGAGAGUCGACAGGAGCCCAGGUUCAGGUGGCGGGGGACAUGCUUCCCAAUUCCACGGAGCGCGCAGUGACAAUCUCUGGAACCCCAGAAGCCAUCAUCCAGUGUGUCAAACAAAUUUGUGUGGUCAUGCUGGAGUCCCCACCAAAAGGUGCCACCAUUCCUUAUCGCCCAAAGCCUGCCUCCACCCCGGUCAUUUUUUCAGGUGGCCAGGCUUAUACAAUUCAGGGACAGUAUGCCAUACCACACCCAGAUCAGUUGACCAAGCUCCACCAGUUGGCUAUGCAGCAAACCCCCUUUACCCCCCUCGGACAGACCACCCCUGCUUUCCCUGGUACGUACCCACAAGGCCCU